AGGCGCGCGGGCGGGAAGAUGGCGGCUGGUUUCAAAACUGUGGAACCUCUGGAGUAUUUCAGGAGAUUUUUGAAAGAGAACUGCCGUCCUGAUGGAAGAGAACUUGGUGAAUUCAGAACCACAACUGUCAACAUAGGUUCAAUUAGUACUGCAGAUGGUUCUGCUUUAGUGAAGCUGGGAAAUACUACAGUGAUUUGCGGAAUUAAAGCGGAAUUUGCAGCACCACCAACAGAUGCCCCUAACAAAGGAUAUGUUGUUCCUAAUGUGGAUCUGCCACCUCUGUGUUCCUCGAGAUUUCGGUCUGGACCUCCUGGAGAAGAGGCCCAAGUGGCUAGCCAAUUCAUUGCAGAUGUCAUUGAAAAUUCACAGAUAAUUCAGAAAGAGGACUUAUGCAUUUCUCCAGGAAAGCUUGCUUGGGUUCUAUACUGUGACCUCAUUUGCCUCGACUACGAUGGAAAUAUUUUGGAUGCCUGUACAUUUGCUUUGUUAGCAGCUUUAAAAAAUGUACAGUUGCCUGAAGUUACAAUAAAUGAAGAGACUGCUUUAGCUGAGGUUAAUUUAAAGAAGCAAAGUUACUUGAACAUUAGAACUCAUCCAGUUGCAACUUCCUUUGCAGUGUUUGAUGACACUCUGCUCAUAGUUGACCCUACUGGAGAGGAGGAACAUCUGGCAACUGGAACCCUAACCGUAGUAAUGGAUGAGGAAGGCAAGCUAUGUUGUCUUCACAAACCAGGUGGAAGUGGGCUGACUGGAGCUAAACUUCAGGACUGUAUGAGCCGAGCAGUUACAAGACACAAAGAAGUAAAAAAACUGAUGGAUGAAGUAAUUAAAAGUAUGAAACCCAAAUAAAUAACCACCACAUUUUCAAAACAGAUUUGUAAAAACUGUAUUUGUUAUACUGUGCACAAACCUUUUAUACUAAAUAAAUAUCAAACUACAUUCUUUUG